UCGUGCUUUGGUGCCUAAAUUGCACAACUAACGUGAACCAUAGCGUUGUCUCAUGCCCCCUAAUUAUUUUUCAUGUGAGGGAUGAAAGUUGGCAUAACAAAGACCUUGACGUGGAAGAAUAAGAGCUUAGGUGGCCUAACUCUUCAAAUCCGCCAACACCUUUUUCCAUCUUCUGCUUCAUAGUCAAUGCAGAUCAAUUCAACCACUUGAUUCCAAUAACCAUCAACACCAGCCAACCGAGCGAAUCUAAUUGGAAGGAACACUCUGAGUUUUCUCUAACGUACCUACCCAAGUUUAUACAUGGAACAUUAACUGUCUUAAAAUCGUCAAAACAAUCAGCAUUCUUACGCCGUGGAUCGCGGUGGAUUUUCGCCAAACAUUACAUACAUACAUACAUCUGAACACGUCUCAAACCCUUCUAACAAACAACAGACGAACCUGUUUCUGUAUUAAACCGACAAUAACCCGACCCUCUUCAUCUCCAGAAAAGAACUAGAUCCAUUGUCGUCAAGAUGCAGCUUUUUCACAAACCCACCAAGGCUCAAACUCUGGUUAAUUUCAUCUUAGUCUCUUCUUCAUUCUGCGCCCUUUAUCUCGUCGUGUCAGUGCUACUAUUGGGGACAUCAAAGGUAGUACACGUUAACAAGACAUCACAGGAUGUGUCCAGGCCUACCACUCUUGAUCACCUUGUCUUUGGAAUUGCUUCAAGCAAGAGUUCAUGGGGCAAAAGGAAGGAAUACGUGAAGCUUUGGUGGAACAACAUCAACAGCACCACCAACAAAACAAUGAAGGGGUGCGUGUUCCUGGACAGCCUCCCAGAUGAAGAACAUGUCAGCAACGAUACUUCUCUUCCUCCUCUUUGUGUAUCUGAAGACACUUCAAGGUUUCGUUUCACUCACAAGGGUGGACUUCGCUCCGCAAUACGCGUUGCACGUGUUGUUACCGAGACCGUGGCAAUGAACAAUGAUUCAGACGUGAGAUGGUUCGUUUUUGGAGAUGAUGACACGGUCUUCUUCCCGGAGAAUGUGGUGAAGACUCUUUCCAAAUAUGAUCACAAGCUCUGGUACUACAUUGGUGCACACUCUGAGGUUUAUGAGCAGAACCGGGUGUUUGGUUUUGGAAUGGCUUUUGGUGGGGCAGGUUUUGCUAUCAGCUCCUCUCUGGCAAAGGUUUUGGCCAAGGUUUUUGAUUCAUGUAUAGAAAGGUACCCUCAUCUCUAUGGAAGUGAUGGAAGGGUGUACUCUUGCUUGGCAGAACUUGGGGUAGGAUUAACACAUGAACCCGGUUUUCACCAGGUAGAUUUGAAAGGAAAUACCUUUGGUUUAUUGGCGGCACAUCCUUUGACUCCUUUUCUGUCCCUGCAUCAUCCUGAUUACACUGAUCCAAUCUUUCCAAACAUGACAACCACACAAGCCCUGAAGCAUUUAUUUGAAGCUGUAAACGUUGAUUCCCAGAGGGUGCUGCAACAAGCAAUUUGCUAUGACAGACGGUUUUCAUGGACAGUUUCAGUUUCAUGGGGCUAUGCUGUUCAGGUUUUCCCAAACCAUAUGCUUUUGCCAGAUGUUCUAAAGGUGCAAGAGACAUUCAAGCAGUGGAAGAAGGGAAGUAUGUUGGCAAAAACAUACACUUUCAACACAAGACAACUUCACAACGACCCUUGUAAAAGAUCCACCGUUUUCUUUCUAGACACUGUCUCAUCUUCCAAGGAUGGCACCAUAAGCAGUUACAAGAAAUCUUUUCAGAAUUGCUCAAACGAUGCCGUGUCACCGAACAAACUGGAAGUGAUCAAAGUCCUCUCACAAAAGUUAGACCUUGACAUCAAACAGUUGCUUGCUCCAAGAAGGCAUUGCUGUGAUGUGUUGCCAUCUACUGCCAAGGACAAAAUGGAAAUCACAAUCAGGGAAUGCAAAGAUCAGGAGUUGGUUUACAAGCACUGACAGAAGGGUUGCCUGUGACUAAAUCUUGAUUCUUUUAUUCAUAAUAUAAUGUUAAAGUAUCAUGUAGUUGAUGCUUGAUACGAAUGAAGAUAGAUGAGAUUGCAAGAGUAGAUUAAUUAGAAGCUUUUGCCCAACAUUUUGUAUCUCCAGUGUAAAAAAUACGAUUGUGCCUGAAAUU